CCAACAGGAGGUUGGUGUCAUAUUAUUUUGCAGUUUCUCAGCCCAAGCCAUUGGGCAACCUGCAGAACCUAAUCAGACACUGAGACAGGAAGCUGGGGAUUCAUCAUGGAUGGGUCAGGAAGAUGAGCCUCUGACAGGAUUUCAGUGGAAGCCUGGAACGGACAGCACCACCAAGGGGGUGUGGAUAUGGAGUCAGCCAUUUUGGAUCCCCAUUCAAACAGGAAAGGUAGCGGUGUUUUUGAUAGACACAGAGGGUUUAAUGAACCUGGAGACAAAGAAGGAAGUUAGUGUGAAGCUGUCAGCCUUCUCCAUGUUGCUCAGCUCCUUUCAGAUACUCAACGUGGAGCGAAUGUGGAAGGAUACAGAUUCAGAAUAUCUGGAAAUGUGUGUGCAGGUUGCUGAUGCUGUGGGACGUGCCUGUAGUUUGGAAUCCCUUCAGCAUCUUGAUGUCUUGGUGCGUGAUUGGUCCUACCCAGCUGUCUUUGGAAAACAGGCAGGACAAACAUAUCUUCAAGAUGUCAUUCAGAAGAUGGAGAGAGAUUCCAGUAGGCACCCAAAAGCCCUUAGGACCCUUAAAAACGAAAGCAGCCGUUGUUACACGAUGCCCCACCCAGGCAAGAGACUGCAGAGUGGAAUUACAGGCACUCUUGCAGGGUUAAGUGUGAAUGCAGCCCAUGUGUCUGUUCCAGUGAACAGACAAAUCUGGGACUUAUGUCCUCUGCUUUGCCACUCAGUGAUCCUCCUCCAAGGGAGUGGUGAAGCUGGAACUAAACAAAGCAUAGAAUACCAAAAGAGCACAUCUGUUAAGUUUGUGGCCCUUAACAGCCGCAAUUUCCUGGCAUUUUGGAACUUCACUGAACAUGAAAAGCCCUUAAUAUAG